AUGGGGCUUUCAGAACAGCAAAUGUGGGCGAUCUCAGCCACAGAACGUGUCUGCUCGACUAUUUCCUUGAUCGGCACGUUUGUGAUAGUCACCACAUUCAUCUGGUCGACAUCUUUCCGUAAGCCCAUUAAUCGCCUUGUGUUUUAUGCGUCAUGGGGUAAUAUCAUGGCCAAUGUAGCCGCGAUCAUAGCGCAGGAUGGGAUUCAUAUAGGGGUUGAUAGUGCGCUAUGUCAGUUCCAGGGCUUCUUAAUUCAAUGGUUCAUGCCCGCCGACGCCCUAUGGACCUUUGCGAUGGCAUGCAACGUCUACCUAACAUUCUUCCACAAAUAUAACUCCGAGCAACUCCGUCAGCUCGAAUGGAAAUAUGUCCUGUUUUGCUAUGGGAUACCUUUCAUCCCGGCUUUUGCAUACUUCUUCGUCAAAACCCAAGCUCGAGGUCGGAUCUAUGGCUCUGCAAUCCUAUGGUGCUGGGUCGCAAUACCAUGGGACUUCCUCCGCAUAGCCCUCUUCUACGGACCAGUCUGGUUCGUCAUCUCACUAACAUUCGCCAUCUACUUCCGAGCAGGAUCAGUAAUCUAUCAGAAAAGACGCCAGCUUCGAAAUCUCGGCGGCAUCGAUCCCUUCGAUUCUGAUUUGGUAUCGUCUAUAUCGCCCUUUGCUACACUGGCUGGUAUUCAGGUCACCAGGGAGAUUGCCUGCUACAUACCUGAGCAGCGGUCUCCAUCGAGUGGUGGUCCACGCGGUCUUCCAUCCGCUUCGUUCAAGCCAUACUCUGUUACCAUCCAGGGUGGAAGUUCUGGAGAUGUGCCACUUGGUUUGGAGCAUAGCUCGAGACCUACUCCUUGUCCACUUCAGAAAGAUGGUCAUGCUCGGACUGGGCGGGGAGAUUUGGAUUCUGUUUCGCAGCGGAGGUCCAUUGCUACUGAGGCUAGUUCGGCUGCUUGGGCGUAUACCAAGUAUGCCAUGUUGUUCUUUAUUGCCUUGCUUGUGACUUGGGUCCCAUCUACUAUAAACAGAGCCUACUCCCUCGCUCACCCAGAUAGUGUCUCCUUCGGUCUCAAUUUUGUUGGUGCUUUUGUCCUACCACUUCAAGGCUUUUGGAAUAGUCUUAUAUACGUCUCGAUUUCAUGGCCUGCGUUCAAAUUGCUUUGGCAGGAUAUCCGUACCCAAGCAGGUCUAUGCCAUAUAUCUUGCUUAAAGGCAAAGAUAGUACCUGCUCAUUCACGAAAAGGCUCAGGGAAUUCGAAGAUUCCUGUCAUAUUGGGGGAAGAUCAUAUGCACAAUUGA